AUGAGACAUAUAGCUAUUCUUAUUUUGGUAUUGGUAUUAACAAAUGGUGCAAAUAUCAGAAAACAGAAAUAAAAUAAAGGAACUAAGCAUACAUAAGAUUUAGUUGAAUUAGAGUAACAAAUUGUUAUAUUGCAAUAUAGAUCUUAAAAUGUUGGAAAGUCGUAAGAUUUGAGUGGGAAUGUAGGAGUAAUUUCUUCUUCUGAAGUAGUAGUGAAUGCUCUAACAAACUAGGAUAGAAUUGAAAAAGCUGAAUCAAAAGAAAGAAAUGCUAUUCAUAAUGCUUUGAAUAAAUCUCAUAAGUCUUUUGCAUAAGUUAGUGAAGAUGAAAAUUAAGUUUAUGUAGAAGAAACAUUAGAUUAAACUCCUUAAAAGGAGAUUAAUUUUGCAGACUUAUUCACAAAUGAUGGUUCAUCACCAGAUAUGGGAAAAUAAGCAUUAAUUGAAGAUUCACCAUCUCCUCCUAUGGCUCAUAUUCCAUUUGAUGAAAAUUAAGAUUAUGUCAGAGCAAUAGAUAAAUUAGAUUUAUUAGAUGAGAAGGGUUAACCAUUAUAAUUACUUCCAGAAGAAUUAUCUCUUUUGGAAAUGUCUCAAUUUGAAAGUAGAUUCUAAUAAUCAGAAACUCCAUAAAUGGAAUAAGCACCAAGUUGGGAUUUAGAAGUUGCAUAUGAAAAAACUCCUGGUUAAAGUGAAUUAUCACCUGAAGAAUUAUAAAGAUAAACUGAUCAAAUGGUUGAAAGCUUAAGAGGUGAACUUGAAAAUGAAGAUAUUUGAACAACCAAAUAUAAUAAAUAAAUAUAUAAUGAAAC